UAAACAAUAUCUGGUCUCAGUGUCUCUGUGGUUCUACUCUGGGCAACCCACCUUCAUUUGCCAGCUGGGAUCUCUUAAUGAGCUAGCUGUGCACUGUUCAAUAGUAAAACGGUGUUAGCUGGUGAAAUAUGUUUGAAGAGCUCACUGUUAGGAUGUUCCGCAUUAGGCCUGCUUCCAUUCUCUCUCUGGCCUUCUCUUUUCAGGAUGGCUGUAGCUCCUCCAAGUUACUGUUUUGUGGCCUUCCCGCCGCGUGCUAAGGAUGGUCUGGUGGUAUUUGGGAAAAAUUCAGCCCGGCCCAGAGAUGAAGUGCAGGAGGUUGUGUAUUUCUCUGCUGCUGAUCACGAACCAGAGAGCAAGGUUGAGUGCACUUACAUUUCCAUCGACCAGGUCCCAAGGACGCAUGCCAUAGUGAUAAGCAGACCCGCCUGGCUCUGGGGGGCAGAAAUGGGAGCCAAUGAACAUGGAGUGUGCAUAGCCAACGAAGCCGUCAGCACCAGGGAGCCAGCUGCUGAGACAGAAGCCCUGCUGGGGAUGGAUCUGGUCAGGCUUGGUUUAGAAAGAGGGGAAACAGCAAAAGAAGCCUUAGAUGUCAUCGUCUCCUUGUUGGAAGAACAUGGACAAGGUGGGAAUUACUAUGAAGAUGCAAGCUCCUGCCACAGCUUCCAAAGUGCAUAUCUGAUUGUGGAUCGCGAUGAAGCCUGGGUGCUCGAGACCAUAGGGAAGUACUGGGCUGCCGAGAAAGUCACAGAGGGAGUGAAGUGCAUUUGCAAUCAGCUUUCACUCACCACUAAGAUGGAUGCAGAGCAUCCUGAACUCAGGAAUUAUGCUCAGAGUCAAGGCUGGUGGACGGGAGAGGACGAAUUCAAUUUUUCUGAAGUUUUUUCUCCAGCUGAUGAUCAUCUGGACUGCUGUGCAGGCAAAGACAGCUUAGAAAAACAAGAAGAAAGCAUCACUGUGCAGACUAUGAUUAACAUCUUACGGGACAAAGCCAGUGGAGUCUGUAUAGACUCUGAAUCUUUCCUCACCACGGCCAGUAUAGUGUCUGUCCUGCCUCAGAAUAGAAGCUCGCCAUGCAUUCACUACUUCACUGGGACCCCAGAUCCUUCCAGGUCCAUAUUCAAGCCUUUCAUCUUUGUCGAUGAUGUGAAACUUGUCCCCAAAGCACAGUCUCCCUGUUUUGGGGACGAUGACCCUGCCAAAAAGGAGCCUCGGUUCCAGGAGAAACCAGACCGCCGGCAUGAGCUGUACAAGGCCCACGAAUGGGCCCGUGCUGUCCUUGAAAGUGGCCAGGAGCAAGGUCACAAGCUGAGGAAGACCAUGCUGGAGCUGGAGAAGCAAGGCCUGGAAGCCAUGGAAGAAAUCCUGACCAGCUCUGACCCCCCGGACCUCGCCGAAGUGGGGGAUCUUUUCUAUGACUGUGUUGACACGGAGAUUAAGUUCUUUAAGUGAAGUAAGCAUUCCCUCUCCCCUUCGUAUUUAAAACUUCCCACCUUACUAAAUUACCAGCAAAACAAACCACUCUCCUGUUUGAGUAAAAUGAGAAAGUUGAGAUGUGGCCUCCUUUUCUGCAGCCAGAUCGAACUGCUACCUUGUGUUCUGCCUCGAAUCUCAAAACGUCCCCUUCUGCAAUGUAGGUCCCCUUCCUCCGCAAUGUAACCUGUAUCCCAUUUGCCUGUUGUUCAGUUGUGUGACUAUUUGUGGAUUUAAGCUGCUAUUAUUGUGUUUCAGUGACAAUGGACACAUUAGCCUUUUAC